CCAGAAAGGUCUUUCCGGUUGACGAAACGUCCCAAGAUGGCGGUGCAAAUAUCUAAGAAGAGGAAGUUUGUUGCUGAUGGCAUCUUCAAAGCAGAACUGAAUGAGUUCCUCACCAGAGAGUUGGCUGAGGAUGGAUACUCUGGUGUGGAGGUUCGUGUCACCCCAACCAGGACUGAAAUUAUCAUCCUGGCUACCAGGACACAAAACGUGCUUGGUGAGAAGGGCCGUCGUAUUCGUGAACUGACCGCAGUGGUCCAGAAGAGGUUUGGCUUCCCAGAGGGCAGUGUCGAGCUGUACGCUGAGAAGGUGGCAACUCGUGGUCUGUGUGCCAUUGCUCAGGCAGAGUCUCUGCGCUACAAGCUCCUUGGAGGUCUGGCUGUCCGCAGAGCCUGCUAUGGUGUCCUGCGUUUCAUCAUGGAGAGUGGGUCCAAGGGUUGCGAGGUGGUGGUCUCUGGAAAGCUCCGGGGCCAGAGAGCCAAGUCCAUGAAAUUUGUGGACGGCCUCAUGAUUCACAGCGGAGACCCAGUUAACUACUACGUUGACACUGCUGUUCGCCAUGUGUUGCUGCGUCAAGGUGUGCUGGGGAUCAAGGUGAAGAUCAUGCUGCCUUGGGAUCCCAGCGGUAAGAUUGGUCCCAAAAAGCCUCUCCCCGACCAUGUGAGCAUCGUGGAACCCAAGGACGAGCAGGUCCCUUCUACACCCAUCUCUGAGCAGAAGGGAACCAAGCCGGAAGCUGCUGCCGUCGCACCUGCCACACCCGUCCCUACAGCGUAACAAUGAGGGAUCCCAAACCAGCAUUAAACGUUUUCAAUGUCAUCAUAGGGAAAUGUUCCAAAUGCUUUUUUAAGUAUUUGUUGAGAGAAACAAAUAAAAUAUUUCAUCUUUCCAA